AUGGGCCUCCUCCGCAAGAAGGAGCAAGGCACCGCCGUCGACCGCGCCGUCACUGGUGCCGAGUUGAGCCGAUUCCACUUCGUCUUUGCCUUCACGCUCGUCUCGUCCCUCUUCUUCGUCUGGGGCCUCUCGUAUGGUCUGCUCGACUCGCUCAACAAGGCCUUCCAGGUCUCGCUCAACCUGACCAGGGCCGAGUCGACCGGUCUCCAGGCAGCCUACUUCGGCAGUUACCUCAUCAAUGGCUUCGUCUCGGGCUCGGCGAUGCGCAAGUACGGCUACAAGAACGGAAUCCACUUUGGCCUGGCGCUCUUCUCGAUCGGCGCCGUCCUCUUCUGGCCGUGCGCCAUCUACAAGAGCUUCCCGGGCUUCAUCGUCUGCACGUUCGUCACCGCCAGUGGUCUCGCUUGGCUCGAGGUGGCUGCCAACAGUUAUAUUACGGUCAUCGGUGCACCCAACAUGGCCGCUUUUCGACUUGUUUUCGCUCAAUCCUUUAACGGAGUGGCUACUGUGAUUGGUCCCAUCAUUGCGUCGCACACGUUUUUGAAGACGGACGCAAAGGACCUCAACCACAUCCAAUGGGUCUACCUCGGAAUCGCGCUUUUCGGCUGCCUGAUCAACUUCCUGUUCCUGGUCUGCCCGCUGCCCGAGGUCAAGCAGGAGGUCAACGAGGCCAUCGAGUCCAAGGUCAAGGGCGGCCUGUUCAAGCAGUACCACCUCAUCGCGGGCGCGGUCACCGAGUUCAUGUACGUCGGCGCCCAGGUCGCCGUCGCGUCGCUGGCCAUCAACUACUUUACGGAACAGCCGGACAUUUCUAUCUCGACGUCGGCGGCUGCCAACCUCUACGCUGGAUGCCAGGCCGCCUUCACCCUUGGCCGCUUCCUGCUGGUCCCGGUGCUCUUCUACGUCGACUCGGGCCUGAUCCUGGGCCUCUUUGGCGUCAUGUGCGUCGUCUUUUCGUGCCUGACGGCCGGCCUCUCCUCGUACGGCGGCAUCGUCUCGCUCUUCUGCCUUUUCUUCUUUGAGGGCGUCUGCUACCCAAUCAUCUUCACGCUGGCGACGAGCAACCUUGGCUCUUACCAGAAGAUUGGCUCGGCGCUGGUCGCGGCGGGAGUGUCUGGUGGUGCCGCCUGGCCCUCGGUGCAGGCCGUCGUGGCCGACAACACGAGCACGCCCAACUCGUACCACAUCCCCAUCAUUGGCUUCGCCAUCGUGGCCAUGUACGGCUUCGGCAUGAACAUGCAUGCAUCCAAGCAGCUGGGUCGCUGGGCGUGGAGGAAGCCGGCCAACGAGGAGAUCAAGAACGUCAUUGCCGCCGUGCCCGACUCCAACCACUACGGCGACGCCGAGCACGCGCGUCACGGCUACGGCGACGAGGUCGACGGCGACAAGGGCUCGCACGACGGCAAGGGCGGCUACCCGGUCGUCAGCUACACUUCGUAG